AUGUUAUCACUCGUAACGUUAUCGCCAUUGUUGCUGUUUCAAAUAGUGCCGACAGCUAUAACAUCGAGCGUUUCUUCAAGUACGUGCCCUCAUGUAGCUAAAAUUACAUAUGCUCGUUCUUUGACCGACACCAUAUUUCUAUGUUCCGGCGCACUGAUCACUCAAAAGCAUGUCCUAACGACGGCACGUUGCCUACAUCUGGAGGAAAAACUGGUGGAGUAUUCUCGAACUAAUGUUCACGUUGGAAAUUUGGACAAUGUGAUGGAAUCCUUCAUUAUGGUGGUACAGUCGAUAAGUAUACAUGAAAAUUUCCAAGCUGGAAAACGCGAAAAUGAUGCUGGUGUGUUGAAAUUUUACGGAGAGGUUCCGAUCAUGGCAACGAUUGCACCGAUUCCAAUCGGAUCCACGGACAUGGCUAUUGGUACAAGCUGUACAAUUUGCGGUUGGGGUCUAAAUCUAAGCGAGGAAUCAAAACCAGGGGCUACACUGAAUCGAUUGGAGAUAAGCGUUGUCGACAAAACUGCUCAGCAAUGUCAAUUCGAAAGAAGUCCGUUGCUAUCGGAUGACAUUUGCGGUUCGAAUCUGGAAGUUGAAAGAGGAACGUGCCUUGAAGAUACAGGUGCACCAUUGGUGUGUAACGGGCAACUUUUCGGAAUUUUGAGUCCCAGUGAAGGAUGCUCAGCAACACAGAACGAGGUAUCGAUUUUCAAAGAUACCUUGGUGUAUCGCGAAUGGAUAAAUCAGGUCAUAAGGGAAUCGGAAACUACCACAAUUCAAUCAACAUCAACAACGCCGGCUGACGAUGAUGAUCUGGCAUGCACGUUUGGUUUGAGCACAAUGCUGUUGAUGGUAUCGUUUACUUGUUUGGUUUUAAAUCAGUUUUAA